UGCUUAGCCGCAAAGGCUGCUGGGAAAUGUAUUCAAACGGAGAUGAGUCGAACUCAAAUCCAUAUAUAAAUGUCAGCUGUGAGGUAUUCAGCAAAACGUUACCUUCCGCAUGUCGCCGUGGUUUAUUUGGAGUUUAAGAGGUCGUGCCGUUGUCUGCUGUGAGGCACUGAAGAGCACACAUGGAGGACGUUAGCGCUCAAAUGUCCCGGUUUUGCAGCCCCGUCUACAGUCGAUACUGGCAGCACUACCGGCAGGCCGCGGGCUGGCACCAGCGGCACUGGCUAGCCUACCGGAAGGCCUGCCGGGCCGCUUACGGCCCCGUCUGGCGUCCCGGCAACCGACAGCGCUAUGCGGACUGGCGCCCGGGCGAAAGGGACGGCGAAGAAGGGGAGAGUAGUUCGGACGACGAGAUCGAGUGCGACGUCAGUAACAUGGAGAUAAGCGACGAGCUUCGGGAGUUUUUUGCCCAGACUGAGAAACACAGACAGGAGUUAAGGAAGCAGCAACAAAUAGAGGCCGAGCAGCAGGACUCCUACGUCCCGGCCGACCAGGACCCGCGCAGCGUCUCCCGCCGAGCCGGCGCGGCCCCGCCCGCCGAGCGGCCGGGCGAGAGGCGCGGGGCCGAGAUGAAGAAGCUGUACGGCGAGGAUGCGGCCAAGAUCCUGGCCAUGGAGGCGGCCAUGCAGCUCACCUUUGACAGGAACUGUGACCUCAAGCAGCCCAAGUACUGGCCCGUCAUCCCGCUCAAACUUUAGUGCUCACUCGCUUUUGGGUUUGAUUUAAAAGCAAAAAUGGUUCAAGAGACUUCGGGGCGAGGUUCUGAACUUUGCGGUGAUGUGAAUGGAUUGAAACAAAUGCCUCCUUGUCUGUUUGUCCUCACCCCUUUUUGGUUCCCCCCAGCUAGCUGGUCCCUGCUGUGAGUCGUCACGUCUGUUCAGCCCCACGAGAACCCCUCCCCCACGGCUGCCUUCAAUAGUUGCAGCUUUUAUGUCUCUAUUAUUUCUCUCGGCGGGCACGUACGCUGCAACCUGCCUUUUGACUUUCAAGUGUCUGUUUGAAUAAAACCUGAUGUCUUCUC